CGCCAGGUGUUUAUUUUUUGUAUAAUCACGAUGUAGUUAAAAAGAAUGCCACCUGGAGGAACGUUACUCGUAUAAACAUUCAUCGAGAAUUACGCCACAAAGAUUCCGAAGCUUAUACCCAAUUUUGGAGUAUUGUUGAAAAGAAA